AAUUCUAUGUUAUCCAUGAACCAAUUAAUUUAAUUAGUCGUGCUUAUGUGACCAAAAACUUUGAUUUUUUAAAUCAAAUUCCGUUACCUAAACCUACUGAUCCGAUCACUUUUGUACAUUAUUUCUCGCCUACUCUUAAUGAAAUUCUUGCCCCUCAUUACUAUAAUGAUGAUAAAACACAUACCUUAAGAGUUUUUGCGAAGGAUCAUGCAUCCAAUUUUUUAGAUGGAGAGCUAGAAGGAAAUUCAUUAGGAUCCAAGGAAAUUCUUUCAAAAUUUAAACAUACAUUCAUAAUUAGAAAUCCAGAAAAAUCCGUAAA